GGGCAGAAGGAGGGGACACGUCUUGGGGCACAGGGGAUCUUACUUCCUACUCCCGUGCAAACCUCCACUAGCAAAAAAUCGAAAACCCCGCCCGAACACCCCCUCGUACCCCCUACAAGGGGAGGAACCGCGCGCAUCACGAGUCUCGACGACAGGCCUUGAGAACGAGUAUCCGCCGUCCAAUCUCACCGUCAUCGCAGCGCCGUCCAUGUCGAUGCCGGGUGGACGCGGCAGGAUCCGGGUGCUGAACGUGGCAGAGAAGCCGUCGGUGGCGAAAGCAGUGUCGGAGAUCCUGUCCCGCCGCGGCGGAGGGUUCCGUUCCCGGGAGGGACGGUCGCGGUACAACCGGGUGUUUGAGUUCGAGUACGCCAUCGGCCCCCAGCUCUGCCACAUGCUCGUUACCUCCGUCACCGGCCAUCUCAUGGAGCUCGAUUUCGACGACCGCUUCCGCAAGUGGCACUCCUGCGACCCCGCCGACCUGUACGACGCCCCCGUCCGCAAGAACGUCCCACAGGACAAGUUGGAUAUCAAAAGGACUUUGGAGGAGGAAGCUAGGAGUUGCCAGUGGCUUGUUCUGUGGCUUGACUGUGAUAGAGAAGGUGAGAAUAUUGCAUUUGAAGUGAUGGAGGUAUGCACGUCAAUAAACCAUCGCCUUAAUGUGUGGAGAGCUCAUUUCUCGGCAUUGAUUGACAGGGAAAUACAUGAAGCAGUGCAGAAUCUCGGUCGACCCAACAAAUUGUUUGCAGAUGCAGUGGAUGCCAGGCAGGAAAUCGAUCUCCGCAUAGGUGCUUCAUUUACUAGGUUUCAGACGAUGCUGCUCAGAGAUGCAUUUGUUCUGGAUUUUGCUGGGGAUGACAGGAAUGUUGUUUUAAGUUAUGGUCCUUGUCAGUUUCCUACUCUUGGUUUUAUUGUGGAACGCUAUUGGGAGAUACAAUCUCAUGAGCCAGAAGAAUUUUGGACAAUUAACUGUUCUCACACAUCAGAUGAGGGCACUGCUGCUUUCAGUUGGAUGCGCGGGCAUUUGUUUGAUUACACAUCUGCUGUUAUAGCUUAUGAGAUGUGUGUUGAAGAACCAACUGCAACUGUCAUGACUGUCAGGAACCAGGAGAAGCUGAAGUAUCCCCCAUACCCAUUGAGUACAGUUGAGCUUCAGAAACGUGCCUCUAGAUAUUUCAGGAUGAGUGCUGAGCACACAAUGAAGGUAGCUGAAGAGCUUUAUCAGGCUGGAUAUAUUAGCUAUCCUCGUACAGAGACAGAUAACUUCUCAGCAAACACAGAUCUACAUGCCAUUGUGGGGGAGCAAGUGGGACAUCCAGCUUGGGGUUCGUAUGCUCAAAGACUUUUGGAUCCAGAGGCAAGGCUUUGGAGAAACCCUAGUAAUGGUGGACAUGAUGACAAGGCACAUCCUCCCAUCCAUCCUACGAAAUUUUUUGCUGGUGAACCAGGGUGGAGUCAAAACCAUAAUAGAUUGUAUGAGCUUGUGGUGCGCCAUUUCCUUGCUUGUGUCUCACAACCUGCUGUAGGAGCUGAGACUACAGUUGAAAUUGACAUUGCUGGUGAACAAUUUUUCGCAUCUGGACGUGUGAUAAUAGCGAAAAAUUACCUAGAUGUCUAUAGAUUUGAAUCUUGGGGAGGUACUAUACUCCCAACAUACACAAUUGGGCAACAGUUUAUUCCAACAACUUUGACACUUGAUUCAGGGGUGACAAGACCACCCCCACUUUUAAGUGAAGCUGAUCUGCUUAGUUGUAUGGACAAGGCAGGAAUUGGCACAGAUGCAACAAUGCAUGAUCACAUCAAAAAGCUACUUGAUCGAUGUUAUGCAACCAAAGAUUCAAACACACGUUUCUCGCCGACAAAUCUUGGCGAGGCAUUGGUAAUGGGCUAUGAUGAGAUGGGGUAUGAGCUUUGGAAGCCGUUCCUCAGAUCAAUGAUGGAGUGUGAUAUGAAAGCAGUUAGCUUAGGUGCAAAGAGGAAAUCUGAAGUUCUGGAGGGUUGCUUGCAGCAGAUGAAGGCCUGUUUUUUAGAUGCAAGGCUGAAUAGAGUGAAACUCUUAGAAGCAAUGGGGUUAUUCUUUGAAAGAUCUAAUAGAUCUGGUGCAGAUACACAUAACAUCGGAGAGACUGUAAGGUCAUGUGAUUUGUGUCAUGAAUCGGAUAUGGUGCUGAAGCGAAGACCGAAUGGUGACUUUAUGGUUGGAUGUUUGCGCUUUCCAUUGUGUAGGAAUGUGGUUUGGCUUCCUGGCUCUAUAUCAGAAGCAGCUGUAAGUAGCCAAGUUUGCCCCACUUGUGCUCCAGGUCCUGUUUUUUUGAUUCAAUUUAAGUUUCGUCGACUGGAGAUACCACCAAACUAUGAUGUUGAUCAUUUAGGUUGCAUUGGUGGCUGUGAUGUUACGCUUAGAGAACUAGCAGAGAUUUGUGGAACAGGAUCUCGAAAUAAUACUG